ACCGCACAUCAGCAGUGACAACAACAAAACAGACAGCAACAGAGAGGGUGUUAGCGUUGGUAGCUAGUUGAGAUAAACAACCGGUGCUGUGGCCUGUUUCUUAUACCCUCUCGGCUGGAGUUUGCCAAAUUAGACAUUUAUUGAACAAAAGUAUGGUUGAUUUUUGCAACUAACCAUGGUUGUCAUUUUUUUUACUAUAGUUUAGUCUGGCUAGUUUUAGCUAAGUGGCAUGCUAAGCGAGCUCUAUGUAUGCCAAGCUAAAACAGCGUAGCUAGCUAGCUUAGUUGCUAGCUUUGUAGCUAGCAAACUCGCCUAGCAGAGGUGGAGAUUGAGAACAGGGGGAUGCGGCCAAAGUGAGGUUGGCCUUGAAUGACUAAAUGAGCAAGAUAGGCCAGUGCGAAGAACUCUGGGAAAUUCAACAUGAAGUUGUAUGUGUUCCAGGUCAACAAUGGCAGCACACUGACAUUUGACACCGAUCUUGCUGUUCAAACUGUUCUGGAACUUAAACAUGCAAUCCAAGCCAAAUACAAGAUUGCAAUUCAACAUCAAGUCCUUGUUGUCAAUGGAGGGGAAUGUAUGGCAGCAGAUAGAAGAGUCUGCAGCUACAGUGCUGGCACUGAAACCAAUCCCAUAUUCCUGUUCAACAAAGAGAUGAUCCUGUGUGACCGGGAUCCAACGAUCCCAAAAACCACCUUUUCCAUUGAGAGUGAGAUUCAAGUUAAGGUGGAGGAGUCUCUACUAAUGCCAGCUGUCUUUCACACCGUUGCCUCAAGAACACAACUUGCCCUGGAAAUGUUUGAAGUUGCCAAGAAACUUAGCUCUUUCUGUGAACGUUUGGUUCAUGAUGAACACCUUCAACACCAAGGCUGGGCAGCAAUUAUGGCUAAUCUGGAUGACUGUACUCUGUCUUAUCAGAAGUUGCUCAUGAAAUUUGAAAGUGCAUAUACAAAUUACCAACAUGACUUAGAAGAAAUAAAGGUGAAACUCACAAAAUUGGGGACUGCUGUUGCUGUAAUGGCAAGGAUACCUUUGCUGGAAUGUUUGACAAGGCACAGUUAUAGGGAGAGCAUGGAAAAGUCCAGUUCAACCCCAGAAAAAGAUUCAGACGAGACGGAAGAAGAGAAAUCCACUGACUCUGUGCUUUGCAUGAAUGAUGCGCAGAAGCCCUCCAAGUUAAAAUCAUCCUUCUCUGCUUCGAGGACAGCCACUUGUGAGCCAACUGAUGACCAGGAAACGAAUGAAAUUACUGACAGCGGUGGGCUUAGAGCUGCAUUAUUGGAUGACGAAGCUCCAGAGCUUACCAACCCUUCGUCUUUCAAUGUCACACUGUUAGAUUGGAUCAAUGUACAAGAUAGACCCAAUGAUGUGGAAUCAGUUGUGAGGAAAUGCUUUGAUUCUAUCAAUAGGCUUGAUCCCCGGAUCAUUCAACCCUUCCUCACAGAGUGUCGUGACACAAUUGCCAAGCUAGAUAAUCAAAACAUGAAAGCCAUUAAAGGACUUGAGGAUCGGCUGUACGCACUAGACCAAAUGAUUGCAAGCUGCAAAAAGUUGGUAAAUGAACAGAAAGAACUUGCUCAGGGAUUUUUAGCCAAUCAGAAGAGGGCUGAAAACCUGAAGGACACAUCUGUUCUGCCUGAUUUGUGUCUAAGUCACACCAACCAGUUGAUGAUCAUGCUGAACAACCACCGGAAGCUGCUAGACAUCAAAAAGAAGUGCACCACUGCCAAACAAGAACUAGCAAACAACCUUCAAGUCCGACUGAAAUGGUGCUGUUACGUGAUGCUUCAUGCAGACCAGGAUGGGGAGAAGCUGCAGGCUCUACUCAGACUUCUGACAGAGCUAAUAGAAAGAGUGAGAGUUGUGGAGGCCCUCAGUAGUGUCCCCCAGAUGUACUGCUUGGCCGUGGUUGAAGUUGUCAGGAGAAAGAUGUUUAUGCGCCACUACAGAGGGUGGGCUUAUGCACUUGUGAAGGAUGGGAAGCAACUCUACGAGGCAGAGAAGUUCAAAAGGGAAUCCUUUGGGAAACUGUUCCGUAAGGGAAAGUCUUUCCUCAGAAAUCGCUUGUUUAGGGGACUUGAUUCAUGGCCUCCAACUUCAUUUUGUACACGAAAGCCCAGAAGGUUUGAUGAUGAACUUCCAGACAUCUCACUUGAGGACCUGCAGUACUUGAAAUCUUGUUGUCCUUUAGAAGUGCAGCCUUUCCUUAUGGUUCCCACCAUGUGUGACUUUCAGCCUUUACAUCACCAUGUGGAAACACUACACCAGCUGGUCCAAGCAGCGCAAAGUGUAGAUGAGAUGUCUCGAACCAUCACUGACCUGCUAAGUGAACAAAGGGCAUCUUACAGCCAGAGCGCUCAUAGAUCAACUGCAUUCACCCCACAGUCUGAUAGCAUACGUGGCAGUACCACAUCAAUGUCCUCCAAAACUCCUGCCUCUCUCAGCCUUCAGGGACCCAGCUACCAUCCCAUACCUGUUCCCGUCCCAGCUCCACUAGAGGAUCUAUCUCCCGACAGCAUUGAUGCACAAACAUUUGACUUUGAAACCAUUGGCCAUCCAAACAUGGACCCAGUGUUGCAGCAGGGCUCACUGGAUCUGGAUUCUCUAGCAGAGAGCCCUGAAUCUGACUUUAUGUCAGCUGUUAAUGAGUUUGUAAUUGAAGAGAACUUGACCUCUCAAAACCCCAUAAGUGAUCCCACUAGCCCCGAGAUGAUGGUGGAGUCAUUAUACUCCUCGGUUAUCAAUGCUAUUGACAACAAGCGUAUGCAGGAUACCACAACACUAGAGAGGGAAAACUCCAGAAUCACUUUCCUCAAACAAGUCAUUGACAAGUAUCGAUCUGCUGCAGAGGAGUCCCAUUCCAACAUAAGAAGUGUAAAGGGUGAUCUUGAUCACUUACGGGGUCUAGUUUUAAAAGAACAACAUGACUUCGCUUUUGUUCUCAAAAGUAUGACCAGAGACGUAUGUGACAUUGUGGACAACAUCUGCCAGACACAUGAACUGGAGUUGAAGGAGCAGCAUCAAAGUGAGCUUUUGUCAGUACGGCAAGAGCAUGAUAAGCAGGUUCAGACACUAAUGGAGGAAAACCAAGUGAAUCAGAAUAUUGUUAAAGAUGUGCAACGGGCAAUGCUUGAGUUAGAGGGGCUUAUGGAGCGCAAAGAGAAAGAACUUACGCAGUUUGAGAAUGAGAGAGAGCGUUGGGUUCAGUCCGAGAGCAACCACACGGACCAGAUCAAAACCCUGGAGCAGAUGAUCAGUGAUCAGUCUGAAGAGAUCAAGAUGCUCUCAGCACUGAGAGAUUCACUGACCAGCCAACUUGAGCACCUGCAUUUUGAGAUUGAACGUGGCCAACAGAAAAUUCGGCAAGAAUUGGAAGUUGCUGAGAAAUCUCACUUAAAUGAGCUGCAGGACAGAUUGAAGCAGGAGCACAGGGCAGAACUGGAAAGCAUCACAAAGAGUAACUGUGAGGCUCUGGAGAUUCUGAGCGCUGAGAACAUUGCAAAGUUAAGUGAAGCAGCUGAUCAGCACACAUGUAUGCUAAGAGAAAAGGACGACCAACUGAAGAACUUGGAGAUCCGCAUGACUGAGUUGGCGGAACUCCGCUGCAAAUUAGAGAUGGAGUUAGCCCUCAAAGAGUCAGAGACAGAGGAGAUUAAGCUCCUGUUUGAGGAGACCAAGAUGCAGCAGGCUGAAUCAGUGAAGACCCAGGUAGAGGAUUGUACCAAAGUCCUUAGUGAGGAACUGGCAGAGGUCAAAAAACGGCUUCAGGUCAAAAACGAGGAAUAUGAAGUGGACCUAGCCGAACUUAGGACACUCAUGAGGAUUGAGAAAGACCACUGCAUUUCAGAGCUGGUGGACAGACACGAGGAGGAGACGACUUUGUUGCGCAAUAAACUUUUUUCCAUGGAGCAGCAGAUCCAGAAAGUUGAGAGUAACCACGCUGAGCAGCAGCAGGAAUUCAGCACGCAAGUGGCUGCUCUAAGUGAGGAAAGAGAGAAGCAACAGAUUAGUUUCCAAGGACUGGAGCAAGAGUUGAGGACUGUUGUCAACACUUUGCAGGCAGAAAAUGACCUGCUGUCUAAAAAGCUAGAGCAACACAGGCAGGAGGUAGAGACACAACAGUCUGCUAAGGUUGCAUCACCAGAUGCCUUCAAAGAGUUAGAGCAGCAGAAGGAGGAAAUGGAGACGAGACUGUUAGACAAAAUUAGACAACUUGAGAAUGAGCUUCAGGAGAGACAAUCUUCAAAAAGUGAGGAAGGCCGGUCUCUGUGUGCUGAGGGCCGAGCAGAUGCCCCAACGCCUCUGUCUCUAGACUCAGCACUACAGGAGAGGCUGCAGCAGGAACGGGCCUCAAUGCAGUCUGAGAUGGAGCUAUUAGAGAAGAAGAAAAACGAGGAGAUACAGAAUCUCAAGACGUCACUAAUCGCAGAGCAGCAGACAAAUUUCAACACUGUUCUAACUCGAGAGAAACUAAGGAAGGAGCAGAUCAUUAAUGAUCUCACAGAAAAGUUGCGGAAAGUGACUCAACAGCAGGAGAAGGACAAAGCCCUGAUAGAGACUCUUUCCGAGGAUCGGGCCAGUGUCAUGCAGGAGAAGAAACACUUGGAAGAGGAGCUGAACCGCCUGCGCAGCACUACGCUGGUCUCGUCUGCCUUCUUCACUUCUAACCCGUCCGCUCAGGAGGUCAUGGAAGCCGGAGCAGCAGCGCUAACAGCUCGAGCGCUGCCUGUUGCGGGGGCCUGCUCCUCUGAGCCCAUGGCUGAAGCUGAAAGACUGGCAUCUGUGGCGACCAUUAGAGAUGAUGAACAUGUUGAUUCAGCAGUGGAAGCCAGCAUGGUGACAGUCCAUGAAAACAUCAUGAUUUCAGAGGAAAAACAACGGAUACUUUUACUUGAGAGGACUUUACACAUGAAGGAGGAAGAAAACAAGCGCCUAAAUCAAAGACUGAUGUCUCAAAGCAUGUCGUCUGUGUCGUCACGGAAUUCAGACAAAAUCGCCAUCAGAGAUUUCCAGGUAGGUGAUUUGGUUCUGAUCAUCCUGGAUGAAAGGCACGACAACUACGUGCUCUUCACAGUAGGUCCCACCCUCUACUUCCUCCACUCAGAGUCUCUCACUGCACUGGACCUCAAACCAGCAUCAGGGACCUCAAGGCGGCCAUGGGUGCUAGGAAAGGUGAUGGAGAAGGAAUAUUGCCAGGCAAAAAAGGCUCAGAACAGGUUCAAGGUUCCUCUAGGAACCAAGUUCUACAGAGUGAAAGCUGUUCCAUGGAACAGAAAAGUAUAAUAGCCAAGUAAUGAGCUAAUGUAUAUUUAUAUUGCUUAAAUUUUAAAGAGAAAUUCACAUCAUAAUUUAUAACUUGGAAAAUGAAAGACCUUACAAACGAGAAGAAUUAAGAUCAUCAUCAUGCUAAUUUUGAGUUUUAGUUUAAAAUCCACCCAGUUUGUUUUCUUUUUAACCCAGAUUUGUUAUUGUGGACCAAAUGCUAUUAAUCUUAUUAGGGCAUUGCCCUAUAUACUGUGGCAUUAAGCCAUUUGACCUGUGUGUAAAAUUGAACAAAAUUUGGAUGUUAAAUAUUAGUUCUCAUUAUCAGCCUUUGUCCUUUUGUGGAAAUUACUGUCAUUAUCAGCAUAAUUAAAAGAAAAUCUACAUUUAUAAUAAAUGUUUAUGGAGGAAUGUUCAUGGCAUGCAUAUUGAUAUAUUUUCUUUGAUUUAUUUAUCCAGAUAAAUGUUGUAGUUGGAAAUGUAGUUAAAGCUGUUUGUUACUCUCAAAGCAGUUUGGCCCUCUGUCAAUACUGAACUGUACAUUACGGCCGACUGACGGAAACAGUCGUCUUUGCAAUCCUUCAAAUGCACUUUCAAAAACGAUGCUUUUGUUGAUUUGAAAAGGGAAGUGAUUGAGCUGUCAGAACUAAGUAAAUAUAUCAGCACAAACUUCUCACUGUCAUAGAAAAUUGAUAUGUAGAAAGGAAAACUUUGUGACUGUGUUUCAUUAUCAGACAUCAUUGUACAUUAUCCAUCGAAUCACACAUGUAACAAUAAAUGACUGUAUUGUAAAAGAUAGAGUUUUGAAACAAUAAAGGAUUGAUCCCAAACAUA